AUCCCAGUUCGGUUCCUAUAAAUAUGCUAAUAACAACGUGGUCGACGGUAAUGAGUUUGGUAUCGGCUGUAAGGAAAGUCUUCUUCCUUGAACUUCUUUCUCCUCUUUAUAUUGUUUCCCUCUAAACACAAUCACUCCUUCAGUGGAGUGGUCAUAUAUAUAUCAGCUCUAAUCAAUUAUUGGGUCGUUGUCAUAUAGCGAAAAGAAGCAUCUUUUUUCAAUGGAUUCUCAAGUUAUGGUAGCUUUGGCUCUCUCUCUUGUGGGUGGAUUAAGCACUUCUAUAGGUGCACUCUUUGUAAUUCUUUUUCAGGCUCCCAAUUUGAAGAUGCUUGGACUAUUACAGGGUUUUGCUGCAGGCCUGAUGCUGAGCAUAUCAUUCCUUGAUCUUGCUCAUAAUGCUAUCAACUCAAUUGGGUUCUUAAAAGGCAACCUCUGGUUUUUUGGAGGUGUUGUAUUCUUUGGCAUCAUUGCCAAUUUUAUCCCAGAGCCAACAUUUGCCCCAAGUUCAGAUGUUAAAAGUAAAAAGAAAAAUGGCGACCAAGGGGGAAAGGACAUAAUGAAAAAGCAUCGUCGUCAAGUUUUGUUCAGUGGAAUUAUCACUGCAAUAGGAAUAAGUUUGCAUAACUUUCCGGAGGGAAUGGCAGUGUUCCUUGGAUCAAUUAAGGGCCUCCGUGUUGGUCUUAAUUUGGCUCUGGCAAUUGCUUUGCACAACAUUCCAGAGGGUGUUGCUGUUGCACUUCCUAUAUAUUUUGCAACGCAGAGCAAGUGGCAGGCAUUCAAAUUGGCGACAGUUUCUGGUUUUGCUGAGCCACUUGGUGUGGUGCUUGUCGCAUAUCUAUUCCCAAGCAGCUUAAGUCCUGAAAUUCUGGAGGGUUUGCUCGCAUCAGUUGGUGGGGUGAUGGCUUUCCUAACCUUGCAUGAAAUGCUGCCACUGGCAUUUGAUUAUGCGGGUCAGAAACAAGCUGUCAAGGCUGUAUUCUUUGGUAUGGCUUUCAUGUCGGCAAGCCUAUAUUUUCUUGAAAUCAGCCUCCCUGAGGAGAUGAGCUUGUAGCUGUGGAUCAGCUUUAAUCAACCUACGUAACCAUUUGUACAUUCCCAAACCAGAGAGAUUUAGGUCGUGCUGCAUGGUGCCUGUGUAAUGUCACAUUGAAAUCCGAUGAUUUGACCUCGCCAGAAGGCCAAACUGGCGGCACAAUCCUUGAGAACAUGGCGGUUUCCAGCUUUAAGCACCUCAAAAUUGUACUGAUCUUCUUACUUUGAUUAGUGUGAAAAUCUAAAAUGGCAGUAAGGGUUGACAAGGGGAACAAUUAUGGAUUGCAUACUCUUCGAUGAAGUUCGUUUCAUUUAUCAUAGUGUUGCCACUCAAUGAGCUUCCAAGUA